CAUGGUACACAGUAUUGAACACGUCUUUUGAAGUGACGUUUCUGUUUCAAUAUUCUUUAUUAGAAAAUUUAACAUUGCUUUUAUUUCUUGCCCAGUAACUGUAUUUAAAUAUUAACAGUAUUUUUUAAUUGUUAAUUUAGGCCUUUUUAAAUUUAUUUUAUUCCUCCGAUCACCAUGGCAAGCCCCAGGACAAGACGAGCUCUCCAACAAUUAAAACCAUUGGACGAGAAUGAUAAAUGUUUUGAGUGCGGUGCUCAUAAUCCACAAUGGGCGUCCGUAACAUAUGGCAUUUGGAUUUGUCUCGAAUGUUCCGGGAAACAUAGAGGUUUGGGCGUUCACCUUUCGUUCGUGCGUUCCGUUACUAUGGACAAAUGGAAAGAUAUCGAAUUAGAGAAAAUGAAAGUCGGUGGAAAUUACAAAGCGAGAGUGUUUUUUGAAGCUCAGUCGGAUUGGGACGAUAAAAUGAUGAUACACCAAAAGUACAACACAAAAGCUGCUGCAUUAUACAGGGAUAAGAUUACAACAUUAGCACAGGGACAAACUUGGGACGAGAAGAAAUCCUCUGCACAAAAAUAUACCGGAAGCAUAGUAAAUUCGAAUAGUUACAAUUCUAGUAAUAAUCAUUCUUCAAAUACCAAUUCGUAUAAUUCGUAUGGUGGUGAUGGGUAUCAGAACGGUUCCGGUUAUCAAAAUAGCUACAAUUCUCCCGAUUUUAAAGACCAAAAGGAGGCUUUUUUCAAUAAAAUUCAAGCGGAAAAUGCCUCGAGAAGAGAUGACCUACCUCCGAGUCAGGGUGGAAAAUACUCCGGUUUCGGUUUUACGCGCGAAGCGCCCCCACGAAGUCAAUCCCAAGAAUUUUUCGAUACCACUCUGUCAUCACUAGCUAAUGGAUGGUCGAUAUUCUCCACUACGGCUACCAAGGUCGCAAGUAAGGCUUCCGAAAGUGCAAUAAAGUAUGGCGGAAUGGCAACACAAAAAGUGGCCGAUAUAAGUAUGCAAGUCGGAGAGAAGGUUAAAGAAGGUACUUUGUUGGAGGAAGUAGGAUCACAGGUUGUUUCUUUGUCGAAUAAGGUUGGUGAGUUUGGCCGUAAAGGUUGGCAAGAAGUGACCGGAAACAGUGGUGGCAGAUCUGAUUAUCAAAGCGGCGGUUACGGCCAGGUCGGUGGCGACAACUACCAUUCGCCGGGGGAGAGAUCAUCCCUGGUUAACAGCGGGAGCGGGUCGGGUAAGGGUGACGAAGAUUGGAGCUGGACUAGUCAACAGGGCUCAAAGGUAUCAAGUCCCAAAACACCAAACCACAACUGGGACAGCAGUCUUAGUUAUCAAUCCGAUUCUUUGGGAUACCAUUCUGAUGUGAUAGGGUAUCAGUCUAACUGUACAGAUAAUUUAAAUAAUUUGAAAAUUUCGUCCCCGACUGAAAAACGAAGUAGUAAAAAGGAAAAGGACAAAAAGACAAAGGAACAAAAGAAGUCGACUUGGGAUGACAAAUGGGGCGAUGAUGAGCUGUGGGAAUCCCUCAACAAAUAAUGUAACUCUAAUUAGCUCCAAUUCUACGUAAUUUUUGUUACAUUAACCUAUAUGAAACAGCUUUUCCAUUUUGUAACACAUCACGUCAUAUUUCGUAGACUUACUAUUAGUUUAAUAAUACCUUCUUCCAAUUUUAUUUAUUACAGCAGAUACAACUAUUUUUGUCAUUAAUAAUGAAUGUUUUGUGUUUAAUGUGAUUUCUUACUUAUAUAUAAAUGUUAUGUUGUACAUACCUAAACAAAAAUCAUGUAAUCGACAAAUUUAAGAGCAAAUUUAUAAAGGGAGUUGGUGAUAUAAUCUCCACAAAGCAGUAUUAUAUGUAAUGGGGAUUAGUCUAUUUAAUCACACCCUCGUGUUACAAUAUAUGUAAAUAUGAAUAA